GCUAUCGUCCAUGCUCUGGGACUGCCGAGCAAGCAAGGUAUUCUCUUGAUGCCGGAUAGCUCGAAACGAGAGUUGGUCGCGAUAUGUUUUCAUUGUCGAGGACAAUAUUGUAUCUUCCUGCCUGUGGUUCAGGCAUGCGAUUGCUGACCGCGGUUGCUCAAGGCAAUGUGAACGCUCCAAGGAGGAUCUUCUUGGGGAAGGCAGAGCGGUUGACCAUGUCAAUGAUCGCUCUUAUCUGCUUGUCUUGCUCUUAUAUGACAAGAUUGUCAGCAGGCAAGACGGCUGGACCUGCGCCCGUGGAGCGGAGCAAGUUGAAAAGCAGAAUCAUGGGCAGCACUCCCAUUUGUAGCUUGGAAACGACCGAGGAGACCCAGGUUGGCGACUGCAGGAUCUACUGACACGCAACGACAGCGCCGCGAGAUGACCGUCGCAGAUAAGCGUGGGGUGCCACUCGACGGGCGGCAGAAACAGGGUGUUUAAAAUACCCGACGAGAUGAUCUUUGCAUCCCCGGAUGGAGAAAACUGGAGCAAUUCCGCCUCAGAGACUCAGACACCCGAAACCGUGACUAAUGGGAAUUACCCCGG